GAAAAUGCAAGUUUAUCGAACUCAAUAAAAAGGGCGUGUGGUCUAGUGGUAUGAUUCUCGCUUUGGGAGACUGCUCAGUUUACUGUGCGGAAAACUUCAAGCAUGCGAGAGGCCCUGGGUUCAAUUCCCAGCUCGCCCCUUUUUUCUGUCCAUCUUUUUAAAUUUUUGAAUUGUAUAAAGCCCCAGCCUGACCAAACUAUAUCACUUCCUACCCUUUUUCCCUCCAGCAGUCCUCCAGCUAGACUAUCGUUUUCCCUAGUCACAAAUCUGUUUUACGGGGUAGCCAACAGUUUUUGGUAAGGCGUGCCCGAACCAAUAGAUUAGGCGCUUGGUACCAACUAAUUUUUGUUCCGUAAGAUUCUACG